AUGGCCAAUGAGUUGAACCUAAGCAGACUAGAGAGUAUGACAGAGGAAGGUCGAAGCCAACUGAAAGAGGUUAUGGACCUCGAAACUGGUUCACUAAUCGAGAUGGAAAACACAGCAACGACGAUACACGUAGCCCGUAUUCAAAGCCACCUUGCGCAGUAUCAUGGGAUUUGGUCCUGUAAGGUAUUUCCUGGCUUGAGUGUGCCAGAUCGUUGGGGAGUCGCAAAGGAAAAACAGUUAUGUUUUCGAUGUCUUGCCAGUAAUCAUGUAUCUAAGGACUGCACCAGGUCAAAGCCAUACGCAGUGCAAGGGUGCAAAAGAAGCCAUCACAAUUUGUUGCAUGAAGUUGUACCGAAGGAGAAAGAAGAAGGCGAGAAGUCACCGUUGACACGGGAGGGGCAGAGACACGAACACAUACUUCAAGAAAUAAGAGUGUGUCGACUGCUGAAGUUUUGUCGCUUUGUACCAUUCCAGUAUGGUUAA